AUGGCACCAGUCACCGGAGCUUCCUCCCCAAUUGAGCACCUUAGCAUUCCGAACUUUACCUUCCACAACGGCACCACUCUCCCGGAGGUGCGGGUGGCCUAUACCGUUCACAAUCCCCAAAACACAAAAGUUGCCGUUGUGCACACAUGCUUUCGAGGCCGAAUCGCCAGUACAUUGACGCACGCAACAGGAGUCUUGAAAGAUCACAAAAUCAUCGUCAUUGCCCUAUUCGGCAACGGUGAAUCUUCAAGCCCGUCAAACAUGCCCAACUUUCCUGAUGAUGUCGAAUACACGGACUGCGUAAAUGCUCAGUAUCAGUUACUGAAUGCCUUGGACGUCAAGGAAGUAGAUGUCAUGAUGGGCUUCUCCAUGGGCGGUCAGAUGACUUAUCAUUGGCUUGUCAAACACCCAUUGUACAUUAAAAAUGCAGUGGUUAUAUGUUCUGCGGCUAAGACGAGCCCACACAACUAUCAGUUCCUUGAGGGUCCAAAGUCAGCUUUACUUGCUGCAGCCACUCCUGAGGCAGGCCAGCGAGCAUUCCAAGAGUUGUAUAAGAAUCUGGGCGCUGAAACUCAAGCGGAGUGGGACGAUGUCGCUGCUGGAGGAAACUAUAAUGAUUGGGCCGCAGGCGACCUGCUUGCGUUGUAUGGCAUGUGGCAGCGUGGGGACGUUACGCGAUGCCUCUCAGACGCCGAAUCGGACAGGAGCCUUGAACAUGCGUUGAAGACCAUCGAGGCCAGAGUCCUAUUAAUGCCAUGCGUACACGAUCAGUACUUCAAGUCUUAUGUGAGCGAACGAGAGGCGCAACAACUUCGCAAGGCGCACCUGGACGUCUUUGACAGUGUUUGGGGUCACCUCGCUGGCAGUGGAGCGAGCGCCACAGACACAGUGUGGAUGAGCGAAAGAAUUGGGAAAUUUCUGGCAAGCAGCUGA